UUAAUGAGACAGUUCGGUUUUGGUACAUAUUAAUAAUCACACUUAGCUGCUUUAAAAAAAAUAACACUUAACUAUUUAUUUUUAAUUAUUAAUUUUAUAUUUGCUAACUCCAUUUAUUAUACACAUUAUUCCACUUAUUUUUAUUGUUUUAAUGAGUUUUUAUGAUGAUUUUUUUUAUUUUUCUUUGAGAUAUCAUCUUUUUCAAAAAUAUAUAUGUAAUAGGUGCAUGAUAAGAAUCUUUCUCCCAUCAGGUAAUUCUCAUCUCGUCCCUGCUUUAAUUUAAACAAUAUUAGGGCAGGUAUGGGAUGAAGGAACAAUUCCCGCCCUCGUCCCUCCCCGUUUACCUCCCUAGUAACCGUAUUGGCUGCAAAUUAAACCGUGGAUGGGCAGGUAUGGUUUAUGAAUACUUUUUGUUUGUGGUGAUAAGUACGAAUUCAUGUAUUAUUGAAUCUAUAUAAAAAUAUAUUAAAAUUAUAUAAAAAUACUUUGAAUCAAAUUUUAUACAUCAAGUGGUUCUUUAUUUUAUAUUUUUCUUACAUCAAGUGGCAUAAUAAUUUCAUAAGCAUAAACCAUUUAUAGUUGCCUAUAAAUAUAACACGAGAAAUGCUUAAGCUUAUAAUAAUUACAACUAAACUAAAUCAUAAUUUCUCUCUUUAUAUAUACAUAUCAUCACUAUGGAAGAUUUAAAUUUAUUGGCUUCCAAAUACGCUUUUGUUGUGAAACCUAGUGAUGAAGAAGUAGUGGAUUCUCAUCAUUCCGAAUAUUCAAUCCCUACUAUUGAUAUUUCUCUUCUUACCUCUGACAAUCUUGAUCAGCGCUCAAAAAUUCUUUUUGACCUCCGCAAGGCAUGUGAAGAUUGGGGAUUUUUCAUGUUGAUCAACCAUGGCAUUUCGGAUGAUUUAAUGAAGAAAAUGAUGGAAGGAUGUGAUAAUUUUUUCAAUAUGGUAGAAGAAGAUAAGAAAGAGUUUGAAGGGUCUUUGGAUACUUAUGUUUUGGACCCAAUAUGUUAUGGUACCAAUUUUGAUAAAGGGGACAACCAAAUAAACCAACUCCAUUAUUGGAGGAAUUAUAUUAGGUUCAUUGUUCAUCCUCAAUUUCAUUCACCUCACAAACCAAUUGGCUUUAGUGAGGUGGCAAAAGAGUAUAGCAAAAGAACAAGAGAAAUAUGUGGAGUGUUAAUGAGGGGAAUCUCAGAGACACUAGGAUUGGAACCAAAUUGCUUAGAGAAAGCUACAAAUUGGGAUGAAGGGUUACAAUUUUUGCAAUCAAACCAUUAUCCAACUUGUCCAAAUCCUCACCAAGUAAUUGGUCUCCCACCUCACACUGAUCCAAUGCUUAUGAAUCUCCUUGUCCAAAACGACGUCGGUGGACUUCAAAUCCUACAUAAAGGAAAAUGGGUCAACUGGAAAGCCAUGCCUAAUUCCAUCAUUGUUGACAUUGGUGAUCAAAUGCAGAUUUUAAGCAAUGAGAUGUACAAGAGUGUGAAGCAUAGAGUAGUGGUGAAUAAGAAAAGCAUAAGAAUAUCAAUUGUGUCGGUACAUGGGGCAUCUAUGGAUACAAAGAUUGAACCAAUAGAAGAAUUGUUAAAAGCACAUGCCCAAAAACCAGCAUAUCCACCCAUUUCAAUUAAGGAGUACCUUAAAUUUCAACAAAGCUCUCAAGCCUUCCUCAAACCAACUCUUGACUUAAUAAGACUCAAAUAAUAAUCAUAAUCAUAAUCAUAAUCAUAAUAAUAUUGUUAUUCAUGCCCCCUUAACCUCGUGUGGUUGAAUAAAUACUAUAUUUGGUGUAAUGAAAUUCUAUAUGAAAAAGUUAUUUAUGAUUUUUGCUUACUAGAGUUAUGAUUUAUGUAUUAUUGUGUUUCUUGAACUUUUCAACCCGUUAAAAAUAAUCAUUGAACUAUUCACAAUGUUAAAUUUGAUUACAACAACGAAAGUUUAUUUAAGUUCUAAUAACGUUUUUACUCGUGAACUAAAAAUCAAAUCUUUUUACAAUUAUAAAAUAACCCUAUUUAUAAGCAAUCAUGUAUGUUAGUCUAGAUUAAUGGGUCCAAUUGCAAAUUGAGCACAAUUAAUAACUAAUUUAAUAGAAAAAUUACAAUAGCUAAAAAUACUCUCUCAUUACCAAGUGGCUUAA